CAUUUUUUCGUUACGUUAGGAACGGUUGGACAUUCGUUCUGCUGCGCACCAAAUCUUUUCGGCCCCCAAUGCAAAUGCAAAACGCUUUCGUGGCGUGUGUAGUGCAUUCUAAAUUACCAGUGAACCGACGGGAGCCCUAGUUCCCAGUGCCCGUGCCUCCCCGAACUCGGAUUCGAUGUGACCAGGACCAGGAAGCCCCAACGGAUACGGAAGAGACUCGCACGAAAAUCGAUCGUUGACGCGGUUUAAAUCAAGGCUGCACGACACUUUGAGGGCUUUUAUGUGAUUAUUACUAUGAAAUUGGAUGAAAUAGUUGCAUGGUACCAGAAGAAAAUCGGCACCUAUGACAAGCAAGAAUGGGAGAAGACCGUCGAGCAGAGGAUCUUGGAUGGCUUCAAUAAUGUCAACUUGAAGAACACCAAGCUGAAGACGGAGCUGAUUGAUGUGGACUUGGUUCGAGGUUCCACCUUCCCCAAGGCCAAGCCCAAGCAGUCGCUCGUCACGGUGAUCCGCCUGGCCAUUUUGCGCUAUGUGCUGCUGCCCCUCUAUGCCCAGUGGUGGGUCAGGCAGACCACGCCCAACGCCUUCGGCUUCAUCCUGGUGCUCUACCUCACCCAGCUGUCCAACUGGGCCAUCUACGUGUUGCACAGCAGUCGCAUAGUGCCGCUGGUCUAUGAGAAGCCCUCAAAUGGCACCCUGAUCCAGUCAGAGGUACCGGGAGAUGGAGAAGUACCCGCUGGGGAUAAGCAGUCCGAGGAGCAUGCCGAUCUGCUCAGCGCCCUGCUCAUCCCAUGCGCCCUGAGCCUGCUGAUCAGCCUUAUCCACUCGCAGAUAGUUGCUACAAAUACCGCAACGGGCGGCACAGCUGGGAGCAGCAAGAAUAAGCUGCGACGAAUCUCCGCGAGCUUCCUAGGCGACAAGGCCUCGAACCGGGAGCAUCGGGUGCGGCGCCGCAAGAAGUUUGUGCGCAUUCGCCAAAUGGAACCUGAUAUGUCGCAGGCCAGUAGCAACAUUUCGAUUCCAAGCAGACGCGCUCCAGCUAGCGUUAUUGAAGUGCUUCCCAGACCGAUCACUCCCUUGCCAUCGCCCAUUAGUACCUGUGCCUCUGUGCCAGAUCCCAUUCUGCCGGCCACGCCGCCACCCGUCGUAAUUCGGCGAAACAGCAACGAGGAGACCUUUCUGACCACGACUGCCAUUAGUGCACUACCCCAAACAGACGCACGCUUCGAUCUCAGCAGGCAGACGGGGGGAGCGGCCCUCGAAAGCCCCAAAAAGCGCAACGUCAACUGGCACACGCCCAUCCAAAUCUACGCCACCUACGAGCGCACUGAACAGCCUUGCUCGAGUCGGGAUGUUGGGGAAGAUGGGGCGGAUGCGAAUGGUGAAAGCAAACCCGCCUACCAGUCGCGUCGAAGCAUCGGCGAGGACGAUGGCUUCGAGAGUCUGAAUGGGAAGAGCUCCAGCGGCGAGGACAACAACCAUUCACCUCUGCCAAACGCAGGGGCUGUUGUGGCUCCUCAGUCUGUUACCGUGCCAACCAAUCAGCUGCGCCUGCGUUUGAACUCUGCCAACGCCGGAGCCACCAGUGCUCCUCAGGCAACGGAAAAGAAGGGUCAGUCGCGCGGCAAUGAAUCCACAACCAGUUGCGCCGAGUCGGAUGAGUGCGAUGAUGCGGACAUCAUAUCGAGUCCUGCCUCGGCGUGCAACCAGGAGUGCACCACCUCGGCCACCGACUGGCUGGGAGUGACGACGAACAGCGAAGACUGCAGCUACACCUCCGACUUGGAUAACUCCGAUGGCGGUUUGAAGCAUUCGGUCUGCAGCGACGAAGAUCCUGGCGAGCUGGACAUUACGCCAACCACCAUACUAAAUCCACACAGCAGCCUGGACCGCAUUAGCUGCACCAUUUGGGAUCAGCGGGACGCCAAGAAGGCCCAGCUAUCCGUGCUGGAGAUCGCAUCCUGCAUAAUCGAACGUGUGGAUUCGAUGGGCGAGGCCAACGACUACAUCUACAUAGGCGUGGUCUUCUCCUUCCUGCUCACAUUGAUUCCGGUAUUCUGCCGACUCUGCGAGGUGACUCUCGGGAGCGACGCGGAGAAGGCCAGUGAGAUUAGCUACUUGUACAUGCCGCAGCUACUGUGGGAGAAGUCAUCGGCCUCGUUCUACACUCUGCUAAGCUUCGCCUUUGGCGACAGUCAGUGGGAGCGUACCGUCCUGGCUCUGGGCUUUGUGCAGCGCCUUUGCCUGACCCUCAUCCUGUUCAUCAUAUUCGCCGUCGCCGAGCGCACGUUCAAGCAGCGCUUCCUUUACGCCAAACUCUUUUCACACCUCACGUCGUCACGACGGGCUCGCAAGUCGAAUCUUCCGCACUUCCGCCUGAACAAGGUGCGCAACAUCAAGACCUGGCUUAGCGUGCGGUCUUAUUUGAAGAAACGCGGGCCUCAGCGAUCGGUGGACAUCAUUGUUUCCGCCGCCUUUAUAGUAACGCUUUUGCUGCUGGCCUUUCUAAGCGUGGAGUGGCUUAAAGACUCUGUGCACCUGCACACGCACCUCACGCUGGAGGCCCUCAUCUGGUCCAUCACCAUCGGGAUCUUCCUGCUGCGCUUCAUGACCCUGGGACAGAAGAUCCAGCACAAGUACCGCAGCGUGUCGGUGCUGAUUACGGAGCAAAUCAACCUGUAUCUGCAGAUAGAGCAGAAGCCGAAGAAGAAGGACGAGCUGAUGGUGUCCAACAGCGUGCUCAAGCUGGCCGCCGAUCUGCUCAAGGAACUCGAAACGCCAUUCAAGAUCUCUGGCCUCAGUGCCAACCCAUAUCUGUUCACAACCAUCAAGGUGGUCAUCCUGUCGGCCCUCUCGGGCGUUCUCAGCGAAGUUUUGGGCUUCAAGCUGAAGCUGCACAAGAUCAAGAUCAAGUAAAUCAUGCAGGGCGCAGAUGCAGAUGCAGAUCCAUCAUAUUUUUGUAGUACAACUUUUUCGAAACGCUUUAAGAGAAAUCUACAACUACACCUCUAAAUUAGUUAAGUGAAUAAAUUUAAGCGAGCCAAUGUUUAUGCUUAUAUCAAGUGAUUGUUUAGCAGCGUUUGCAAGCCCACUACUGACUACGUAAAUCAAUUUAAAUUAGUAUUUACCACCUACCUUCUAGAGCGACCUGCACAAUCACAAAUCAUGUUAACUCAAAUUGUGUAAUGAAUCGUAUUAAAGUUCAUAGAACUUUUAGCCUGAAACCAAUUCACCCUUCGUAGUUGGCUGUUUAUUCUGUUACACAGUCUCAAGUUCAAUUCCUAAAGCGGUCUCAGCUAGAGUGUUGCAAUUAAUAAAUGUUAGCAAUCCAUAUUAAAAAUA